GAAAGAGCUGUCUGGACAUUGAGAGACCAUGCCGGAUAAUUUGUUUCGGUGAGUUUUUCUGGGAUUAAGUUGUGGAGACUCCGAAGCAAAAGUUUUACUCCGGAGGGUAAGGACGCCAAAGGAUCCGACGGGGCUGCCNUCCCUCCAUCUCUGAACGUGAUAAAGUUAUUUGGUAUAGUAUUUCUUACACUAGCAAAUAUUUGACUAAAUGGUGAACUCUUCUUUCAGGUUCGCUUGUGGGACUAUGUCUCUGGUUCUCUUCUAGACACAUGUCUUGUUGGAGCACAGGAGCUGCACUGUCAAAUGGAGGUGAAGAAGAUUUUGUUCCUGCCAUAACUGAUAUAUGUGCCACUCCGGAUGGAUCACUAAUUGCAGUAGCUGUUCAGAGCUUGCCAGGAGUUAUGCUGUUGACCUGUGACCUUUCCAUGACAAGUCUCGCUCUUUUCAAAGUUGUCCCCAUUGUUGGUUCGGAAACCUUCAUCCCAACGAGCUUGGGGACUGCCACGUCAGCAGAUGUGUUAUGGCUGGUCAUGGGCGUGUCGGGUCUGAACGGUUCUUCUGAAUCGACCGAAGGAUCAUUGGUACGCGUGAGGGUUUUAUCCGGUUUCAAGAAGAGUCUUGAGGAAGAAACAUCCCUUCUUGAAGAUAAAGAUGUGCCCGGAGGAGAAGAAAUGCUCCGGAAACUGCAAGGGGAUCUGUGUGUCAAAACGGAGGCCUUCUUGACCGCCGCGGAAGCAGUGAAGGCCGCGAUGAGGAAUCUUUUCAUCAAGAAACAGUACUCUGCCGAUACCCGGGAGUUCAGAAAGAGGGGCCGGAACGACAGAAAAGGAAAGAAGUAAUGGUUUUAAUAAGGUUGUCCGGCGGUCUNUCAAGAAGAGUCUUGAGGAAGAAACAUCCCUUCUUGAAGAUAAAGAUGUGCCCGGAGGAGAAGAAAUGCUCCGGAAACUGCAAGGGGAUCUGUGUGUCAAAACGGAGGCCUUCUUGACCGCCGCGGAAGCAGUGAAGGCCGCGAUGAGGAAUCUUUUCAUCAAGAAACAGUACUCUGCCGAUACCCGGGAGUUCAGAAAGAGGGGCCGGAACGACAGAAAAGGAAAGAAGUAAUGGUUUUAAUAAGGUUGUCCGGCGGUCUGCUUUAUCAUGAAGCCAGACUUUUAAGGUA